UUUUUUUUUUUUUAAACGGACAAACUUUCGUAACAAACUAAACUUACGGCCAUUGCAGUACAACCUGAUUUUCAAUAUGGAGAUGCAUGAUAUUCCGAAACCUAUGCCCGAGGGCUCAAAUGCCUUCUCUAGGGCAAUGGCUGACUUUCACAUGCCUCCCAUCGUAGAAGUCUCAGACCCAGACGAGGCAGACAACCGGAGUCGUCGCUCUUCCUGUGCGCGAGACACUGCUGAAGAGGGGAAGAUCGUCCACGGCCUUCACCACUGCUACAAAGUAGAAAACGGGCAGGUGAGCACAUCAUUCCACUGCCACCACGACCACCACAAACUGUCCAACGGACAUUUGAAUGAGCUCGCUCCAACAGCCACCAACAUAGGUCCGCCCAGCUCCCCCCAACGACGUAUGUCUAUUGCUACAACAGGCGUGAAUCUCCUAGUGCCGGGCGAGGAUGAGUUUAGGCCACGUUCACUCAGCGACGCGUCCAUGGCGGCAAGACGCCGAGGCUCUCUCCCCGCGGGGAACUACAGUCCCGGAAACAGAUCGCCGAGAAGCUCGCGGCGUGGGUCAGUGGAUAUGAACAUGGCCUCGUCUCCUUCCCCCACUUCGCCAGGAAAAAAAUCUCCUAACACACAACGUCGGGGUUCCAACGCGGCACUACACUCGGACGAACUUCAUUACGUGUAUGACCAGUACCUCAAAGGCAAAAAAUGAAAGACUGACCCGGCUGAACAUCAACACUAUCAUGAAAGAAAAAGAUAGCCGGGGAUAAGUAAGAAAAAAACGGAAAGCAAAAAGUGGGAGAUACCGAGGAACAAAAACAAAUAUGUAAGUCCAAAAACCUGAUCAACCGUGAAGACUUAGGAGACACUAUCGCAGCACUUCCAGUGCCAGAUUGGUGACAGAUACUAAAGAUCGCCACAGUACAUUUACUUCUACAUUCGGUUACACAUGUAAAGAGUGUUUGUUUUGUUUAUCCAUGAUUGACUAACUCAUUAAUAUUAUUCCUAAUUUGGUCGUGGUUCUUUUCGCUGAAUGGUUUCUUUAAAUGAGGGGCCUUAUGAGAUGAGCUUGCUCUAAGAUGCAUGCUUUGGUAACAUUGAAUGAUAAGGGAAAAACAAAGAAGUGCGUGGUUUUCAAUAUCGAGAUUCAACGCUUUUGAGUUUUGUAAAUAAAUUCUAUGAUGUCUUAUGUAAGGUCGAGGGAAGAGAAAAUCGAGUGCGCGAUUUGUUUUAUAUCAUGCUUGUCGCAUUCUCAGCCUGCAGUCUAUUUCAGUUGUAUUUUGUUUUCGAUAGAAUUUUUUGUUGAUAGAAUUGCCUUCAUUUUUCCAAGAGACUAGUCGAGAAGCUUACGUCGUAAUUUGAGGUGACCACAGUCUUUGCAAAUUGUAUUAUUUUUGUGGUAGAAUCUCGAACAAAGAUGGAGGUUUUGAGUUCUGUAGAUCAGGGUCUUCUCUCUCUAUUUUUUCGUUGAUUUUUUUUUACCUGUAAAAAGCGCAUAUUUGUUGAGUUUUUAAAAAGGUCUAUUUUAGUCUUCCUCUGUCAUAAAAAAAAAUAUUGUUUGACCUGACCACUCCCACAACAUGCUAACAAAACAAAAACACGCACACAAACACAUUUGUUGAGCCGUCGGUUCAAGCAUGUUAUGGUGUAAGAUCUUUUGAGGGACGUUCUUCAUCUGACACUGCUUUUCUUUUAGGCCAGUGUUUAACUUAGCCUUGAGUCCUUUGUGGCAAAACUUGCCAAUCAUCGCAGCUUGAAACAGCCGUUCUUUUAGGCCAAUGUUUACCCUAGCUUAAGUCGUUUGUGGCAAGACUUGCCAGCCACUGUCGCCUGAAACAACUGAUCAGGCUCAAGUCCGAGCAUCCCGUGCCAAAAGAUAAUAUAAAUAGCCACUAUGACGUCAUAUACAACCGAUCUUUAUCGUGAAUUAUUGAAAAGACCCCCAGAACCUCCUCCAGGGUGACGAGUGUGGGCAUUCCCAUGAUUAACUUCGAUGUAAAUAAUGAAUGUUGGGCAUGCAGCCGGAGGAAAGAAAGGUGGUGAUGUGAAUGAGGCGCGCCAGAUAAAGUUUGAAAUAGAAAUCUAUUCUUUGUUUAAUGAAGAUGUGUUUACGCUCUUAUCGACACAAUUUAGAUUAAGAUCGUUUAGGAAGCAGGCCAAUCCGGGCUCAGGGGAUACAACAUCUCAGGAGAAAGACCGAGAUACUCGAUAAAAAUUCGCUGACUAAGGGAAUGGAACUUGGGUUUCCUGUGUGCGACAGCGAAACUUCUCCACUGACGUCAGUGAAGUAUGGAAUGGUUUGAUAUUCACAGAACAUGUUACUGUGUAACAUUAAGUUUGAAAAUUGUAGAUUCUUGUUUUGUUUCGGAAUGUCCAUCUACUUACGCAUUAUAUAAUUUGUAAUGCUUGCUCAAUACUUCGUGAUCUGACGGAUGUUAAAGUCUAACACCAGUGGAGAGGCCCAUAACAACCGCUUUUUGAUACUUGCAAUGUAACAUGUAGAGCGUUCGAAUAUUUCUUCUGUGUGAUAGUAUCUUGUAAUAUACUGCAAUGUAUGAGAUAUGCGCCUAACAAACAAAUUGAUGUGUUUUAAAACUCACUGAGCUUGUAUGAAAACCUCAUGAAUAACUACUUAGCAUAAUAUAUUUAAGGAAUUUUGAUGAGAGCUUUCGAACUGAGGUUCGCUUGUUUGAGCUUUGUGGUCUUUGUCUCUUUGCAUACAUACUACAUUCCGUCCUUCAUCAAGAUUCAGAGUUAUCGUGAUAAUGUAUUCUAUUUAUCAAACACAAAUAAAAUGUAUGACAUGCAAAUACUGUCAUUCAUUGUAAUAAAUCCAUAAAAACGCUGUCGUUCAUUGCAAUAAACCCUUAUCAUUCAUG